CUGGCAACCCGGGUGUUUCUCCAGGACAAGAUGGCGGCGCUGAGGCUCCCACAGCGACCCCGAGCCGCCUGCUCGCGCUCCCGCUCCCGCGCCUCAUAAAGCUCGUCUCUCUUCACGCGGGUUUAUUUAAGCGUCACACACAGAACACAGGACUGAAUUAAAGUGUGUGAGUGGAGGUUUAUCAAGCCGCAGUCAUGUCACCUUCAGAGAGCGACAGUAAAGUACCCGGAUUGAGGCGCGUGAGGACGACGUCACUGUUCCGCGCGGUUAACCCGGAACUGUUCAUCAAGCCUAACAAGCCGGUGAUGGCGUUCGGCCUGGUCACCAUCACGCUGUGUGUCGGCUACCUGGGCUAUCUGCACGCCAUGAAGGAGAACUCUCAGGAGCUGUAUGAGGCGGUGGACAGCGAGGGCGAGAGACACAUGCGCAGAAAGUCCUCCAAGUGGGACUGAGGGACGUCUCACACACACACACACGUUUCAGAGACUCAGCCUCAUCUAGCGCCGGCUUCUGCCCAUAAACUAACCUCUAAUAAAGAGAGAGUGUUGAGCAGCGCUGAGCCACAGAGACUCGGGUUUAUCAUGAAUAAAUAAAUACAUAAUCACA